AUGGCAAUGCUACUCGGGUGGACGUCCUCCGUUGGCGCUCUUCCCAAGAUCGAUGGCGGCCGAUGCGCUUCUUGCGAUUGUCGAGACGAAGCAAGGAGUCCAGUGGUCACUAGGCGUUUUGCUCUUAUUUCCUCAUCGUCGGCAGCCCUACUUAGCAGCAAGUUUGCUUUAGCAGUAAGCGAGGAUGCAAAAGACAGUCGCAUUCGUGAAGCUUUGCGGAAAGUUGUGAGCAAGCAAAAAGCUCCUGGUCUUUUGAGGCUCGUGUUUCAUGAUGCUGGGACUUUCAGCGCUUCCAAAGGUGGUGGGAUGAAUGGAUCUAUCAUUUACGAGCUGGAAAGACCAGAGAACGCGGGUCUCGAACGAUCCAUCAAGGUCCUCAACAAAGCUAGGGGGGAGUUAGAAGGUUCUCUUCAUGUGUCUUGGGCGGAUCUUAUUGCUGUUGCUGGGUCAGAAGCCAUCGUUAUCUGUGGAGGACCCUUCAUUCCCGUGAAGUUAGGAAGACUGGACUCAAGUGUUGCUGACAUACAAGGUGAGCUGCCUAGCGAGGAUCUCAAUGCUGUGGCCCUGAAGAAGAUUUUUCAAAGCAAGGGUUUCUCGACUCAAGAAAUGGUAGCUCUUUCGGGCGCUCAUACGCUUGGCAGCAAAGGUUUUGGCAAUCCCACAGUGUUUGACAACAGCUAUUACGACGUUCUCUUGAAGAUGCCUUGGAGCGAUCCUGAUAACAAAAUGGCGUCAAUGAUCGGCUUGCCAUCUGAUAGAGUCCUGGUCAGUGACAAAGAGUGCCUCCCCUGGAUACAAGUAUACAAGCGGGACCAGUCGAAGUUCUACACUGAUUUCACGUUGGCCUACACUAAGCUGGUAAAUCUAGGCGCGCAAUGGGAAGGAUAAAAGUCCCUGGUAAUACAAUAGAGAAUGGUUUUCUUACUGCUUUGUUUUUUGGCUGCCUCUUUGGCUCUCGUGUUCCCGGCGCAGCCACGUUGCAUGUGGGGUGCUCAGAGGCCUCGCAAGAAAGCAUAUGGCGCUCUCAAGUGCAACGAGGCAAAGAUUGACGCAGACCAUGAGUGACAUGGGCCUGUAAAGGGCAAAGCUACAAAACUCCAGACAAAUCUUUGGACAAAGCUUAAUGCAGUUCUAAUGCAGUCCUAAUGCAGUC